CCCUCAUUGACUGCACGUGCUACUACUAACUAAAUGGAAGAUGGAAGUGGAAAGAAGAAUUUGAAGGAGGUUGAGGUUAUGUCAUUGUGAUUUGAAGUUUGAACAGAUUUGAAAAUAUUUAUGUAUUAUAUUUUUUUUUAAAUUAAGAUAUUUUCAAGAUGAUGCGAUAUGAGGAAGAGAACGAAAAACUUGCAGAUACAUCUCCUUGUGCAGGAGUUAGAGCCGAUUUGAAGAUGUGUUUAUUGGAAAGCGAUUGUUGCAAAAUACAAAAGAGGACUCCCAGAGAAUGUUUAAAAGCAAAUGAUGGUUCUGUUCCCACACAAUGUCAAGUACUGAGAAAUACUUUCUUUGAAUGCAAAAGGUCACUGUUGGACGCCAGGCAACGCUUCAGAGGCAGAAAAGGAUAUUGAAUACAGUUUUUAGUUAGUUAAAAAGCAUAGAUUGCAGUGCAAGAGGUAAUGGUGAGGUAUAUACAACAUGCUUCAAUGGAACAACCCAAAUACCAGAAAUCGACUACCAUAAAUUGUGUUUAGGUGAAAUAAAUCACUUCUAGUCUAUAUGUUAGUUUAUGAAAUUAGGAACUUACUUUUUUAAGGAUAUAGUUAGAUUUAUUGAUAAUACAAAUAGAACUGAAGAUAUAUUCUUAUAACAAUCCAACUGACACCUUGCAUUGCAUUUUGUUAUUAUUAGUUUGUAAAUAAAAUGUUAAGCAUA